UAACAUGAAAAUAAUUAUAAAAAAAGUACAAACGUGUGCUUGGCUCCAACAAUAUAUCACCACUGAUCCAAAGCUUAGCCUGUAUUUCUACAAUGAAUUAUUCAUCAUAAGCACUUGCAGUUUUGAUACUUUUUCACUCUUUUUUCUGAUUAACUUCUUCCCUUUCCUUUGAUUUGAUGGAAGCUGGACGAUAUUUUAGCUUUGUCUGUUUUGUUUAUGUUAUUUUGUUAGUCUCGUGCCUAAAUAACAGGUCAACUAGCGCCGUACUACUAAAGCACUUUAGUCACUCUAGACGAUCAAAAACAAGCAGCUCAUGUGAUUUUUUCCAGGGGAGUUGGAUUUAUGACGAUUCAUAUCCAUUAUACAAUUCAUCCAUCUGUUCUUUUAUUGAAGGACAAUUCGAUUGCCAACGAAAUGGACGACCAGAUAAACUCUAUCUCAAGUACAAAUGGAAGCCUACUGCAUGCGAAUUACCCAGAUUUAAUGGAUUGGAUUUUCUGAAGAGGGUGAAGGGGAAGAAGAUAAUGUUCAUUGGAGACUCUUUGAGCCUUAACCAAUGGCAAUCACUCACAUGCAUGUUGCAUGCAACAGUGCCCCAACUUAACAUCACAAUCCAAAGGAAAGGCGACGUCUCCAACUUUGUUUUCCAGGACUAUAACGUUUCUUUGAUUUUAUCACGGAACGCCUUUCUGGUAGAUUUAGUCAAAGAUAAAAUAGGCAGAGUACUGAAGCUGGAUUCAAUACAAAAUGGCGAUUCUUGGAAAGGCUUGGACAUGCUCAUAUUCAAUACAUGGCAUUGGUGGCUCCACAAGGGAAGCCAACAACCAUGGGAUUUUAUCCAAAAAGGAGAUCAAAUUUAUAAAGACAUGGAUCGUUUGGAGGCCUUCAAGGAGGGACUCAAAACUUGGUCCAAAUGGGUAGAAUCUAAUAUUGAUCCUACCAAAAUAAGAGUGUUCUUUCAGGGCAUCUCUCCAACACAUUACAAUGGGCAAGAAUGGAAUGGUAGCAAGGCAAGUUGUAAUUGCAAUGGAGAGACCCAGCCAAUUAGUGGGUCAAUGUAUCCAGGUGGACCAAUGGCUGCAGCAACCGUGGUGAAGGACGUGUUAAGUAACAUGUCAAAGCCAGUGACAUUACUUGAUAUCACACUACUUACUCAGCUAAGAAAAGAUGGACACCCUUCCAUUUAUGGUAUUGAUGGCACAAAGGGAAAGGGCAAUGAUUGUAGUCAUUGGUGUCUUGCUGGUGUACCCGAUACCUGGAAUCAACUCUUUUACACCCAUCUUGUUAACCAAGGCAAAUCAAAUACUAUAUGAAACAACUUUAUUUUCGAAAUUCAAAUAUUAUGAGAGUUUGAGUUCGGAAUUCUAACACUAUAUAUUUGAUUUAUUAAUUGGAGUCUGAACCACAA